CGGUAGGUAAACAGGUGUUGUUCCGUUUGUGGCAUGUUGUAGGUAUGUCUCGAGUGUUUCUGGCGUGAUAUUUCUUUAAGACUCUCGUUUUUGCGUAAACUUGGAAGAUGAGAAGGACAAGGAGGAGGAAGAGUAUGGAGAUAUAGACCCGGAGACAGAGAGCUGUGUAAGGAUGGACGUAGCGGCGGGCGGGGAUGACUACGCCAGCGGGGGAGCCAGCGACUCCGACGGGCCGACCGUCCAGUCCCCGAAACGUGCCAAAAGCCGCUCAAAAGUCUGGGACAAGGUCACCUGGUUCGCCCGGCGGAAGAGCGCGCGGGGCUGCAGCCAGUCGGAGGCGGCGGGGACGCCACACCCGGGCGCCGCCUGUCUCCCGGACGACCGGAUGGAUGUGGACUCGACCCCGUCCAGCCCGCGAGCGCUGUCCGAGUGUAGCUCGUCCAGCGAGGGCGACCUCAGCAUGGCGGAACCGGCGCACGUCCGGACUGGGCGGGCGAACCCGAACUCCCAGGUUGACUCCCAGAGCUGCAUCAAACCCAGCGUCGCCCGGGCGCUGUUCCACGAGAUCGAGAUGGUUUCCUUGGCAACCAGGAAGCCCAAGAUCGUCAUCCAGAGGAGGAAAACGCUUUCGUCGCAAUCUUCAGAGGAAUCGGAUUCAGGGAGUUUGUACCCGCGGGCGACGUCGUAUCUCGAUUCGCUACACCCGUCCGUGGCAAAUUCGACCGCCCGGAAUUCGUGUUGCCCGGACGACCAGAACCUGAACUCCUCCCAUGAUCACGCCCAGUACCGGGCCAGCUUCUCCUGCCGGCUGCACUCGCACUGUCCGUCCGCGCGGGACGUCCCGCGCAGCGCGGUGGGACAGACCCCGCACUGCCUGCACGUCGGGGCGAACAAGAGGACGGCGUCGCGCUCGCCCAGUCCGAAACCGCGGCGCGGAGACCAACUGGACGCUGCAAACUCUGUCGGAAAAAAGAGUCACAGUCGGAAACGCUCGAAUGACGGACGCUGCUGUGUGUGGACGCCCGACUCGGUCCAUUGUCUGGGCGCGGGAGGGGUGGACGGGACGGGGUCCAGGUCCCCCUCCCCGAGAAUGGGCCAGUCCGGCAAGCUGGGCUGGGACGUACCAUCCUCCUCCCACCUGGGGGAGGGCAGGAGGCAGCUAGGGGAGGGGGUGGACGGGCCGGAGUUCAAGAAGCGGAUGGAGCUGAUGAUGGACUGGUUUGGAGACUUCAACGAUCAGCAAAAAAACAUUGUCAUCAAGAGGAUACUGGACCAGUGUGGCCUGCCCCAGAUGCACCUGUUGUCUGUUGCCAUGGAGCCCAUCCUGCACCAGACGUGUCCUCACAACUGUCAGGACCUGUUGGCAUGGUUACCGGCUUCCAUCUCCAUCUACAUCCUCUCCUUCCUGGACCCAGUGAGCCUGACACGAGCGUCCCAGACAUCAAGGGUCUGGUACGAGCUUGCAAACGAGCCCUGCCUGUGGCGCCGGUUCUGUACCCUCCCCACCUGGCAAAUGAGCCGAGCCACUGCCCAGAAACAGAUGAUCAACCACAUGCUGCCCGACGGGACCAUUCAUUGGAAGAAGGUGUUUGGUGAGCGAUACUGCCUGAGGAAAAACUGGCUUCAGGGGAACUGUAGCGUGAAGACGUUUGAGGGUCACACACAGGGCAUCUCGUGUGUCGUGUUCGACGACACCAGGAUCGUCAGCGGAUCAUCAGACAAAACCAUCAAGGUUUGGAACAUCAGGACCAACACCCCGUGGUCAGUCCUCACGUUAGCCGGACACUCCGGCACGGUCAGAUGUCUCCACCUGGAGGGAAACACACUGGUCAGCGGCGCUACGGACAGGACAAUAAAGGUGUGGGACUUGUCCAUGCAGAGCAGCUGGUCAAGCAUAGCCUGCAGGGUCACCAUGAUCGGACACUCCGACACCGUUAGAUGCCUCAAGGUUGAUGAAGAGCGUGUGGUGAGUGGUUCGUAUGACCAGACGCUGAAGGUUUGGAACCUGCGAACUGGACACUGUAAACACACACUCAGAGGGCACACGGCCGCUGUUCUGUGUGUUCAGUUUGACGACAACAAGAUCGUGUCUGGAUCAGCUGACAACACCAUUAAGAUCUGGAACAUCGAGGGAGAGUGCCUGAAGACUCUGAUUGGCCACAUGGACGCGGUGACCUGCCUCAACUUCACGGGCGACAAGAUCGUGAGCGGCUCGCUCGACAGCGAUCUUAAGUUUUGGGACAUGCGGACUGGACUGUGUGUCAGUACGCUGGACUGGACGAGGUCUGAGGGUCACACGGGGGUUAUCAGAUGUCUGCAGGCAGACCAUUGGAGGAUUGUCAGCGCAGCAGAUGACAAAACACUCAAGGUAUGGAGUGUUGAGGACGGGAAGCGUCUGGUCACCCUGCGGAACCACACCGACGGCGUCACAUGUCUGCAGUUUAAUGACUACAUGAUCGUCUCCGGCUCCUACGACAAAACCGUCAAGCUCUGGGACUUCUCCGUAUCCUCCGAUAAAGUGUGAUCACCCGAAUCUCGAGUGUGAUUACCCAGUACGUCGGCAGGUCGCAGUGUUCUAGCCAGGAUUUUUUCAAAGCAUAGGGGUCAGGUGCAGAUGAGCAACUUUCGUGGCGCAAGUCACGCAUUGAGCAGAAAUAUUUUGAAACUCAUAAUCCCCUGGAACACUAGUUCUUGUUUAAUGAGGAACAGAUUUUGUGAAGUUAAGGUUUUCCCUUUGCUAUAACUUCAUUCUAAAGUUAUAUCUCCAUUUUUUUUGCAAGAUUUAUGAAGG